AUGGGUUUCGUGGCUCUGGUAGGAUUGAUGUGUGCUGUGGUGUUUUAUUUUCCAGCUGAGUCCAUAGAUGUCGUUGCUCCCUGCAAGGUUCUGGAUUGUCCAGAGAAGUGCGUCAACGGAUACGUCCUGGAUGCGAAUGGAUGCGUAACAUGUGAAUGUAAUAAUGCCUGCGGCGAGAUGCAGUGUGGAGAAAAUGCGAUGUGUGCUGCCGUCGACAGUGCCAAACCUGAAGCUGGCUUCAAAUGCUUCCCUCUCUACAAACUCUGCUGUCCGAGACCAACGAAACCAAUUUGGAGUUUCUGGUUCUACCCUCAAAACUACUGCCAAACCUGCUUCCCUGGUUGCAAGAACUAUGGCUGCCCGAAAGGUCAAAUAUGCUGUACGGACUGGUUCGGGUGUCCACAAUGUGUUUGGCCGGUCAUCUGCAUGGACUAUAUGGAAGACUCAAUGAUCAACAUCAAGCAGCUGUGA